GGUGACAUUGCGAAUGUAUUGACCUUCCUUGUUCAGUGUCCAAAUUUUUCAAAAAGUAACUAAGAUACCAAAGAUAAUUUAAGAAAGGAUGGCAUCAUCACGUGGAAAGUUAUGUGGUUCAUGUGAAGUCAGACAUAUGACAGAAGUUUCUAUUGUCUGGUGCACGACCUGCGAUGAGGGAUUGUGUAUCACUUGCUUGGAGCAUCAUAAAGCUAACAAGGCGAGUCGGAAACACGAGACCAUACCAAUCAACCAGUAUACAAGUAUUGAAUCAUUGUCUUCUAGCAUCAAGCAGGAAUGUGAGAAGCAUGACCAGAAGAUAAGUUUUUACUGCCUAGACCACGAUGAUAUUGCAUGUGGAUUGUGUAUACCAGAACAUCAUCGACAGUGCACCGGGUUAAAGUCAAUAGACGAGCUUGCCUGUCAUGCAAAGACCUCUGUUGACUUAUUAGACACAAAACGAGGAUUUGAGGAACUGGGGAAAACCCUGAAAGAACUAAAGUAUAGCACAAAACAGAACAUUGAUACAAUACAAGGUGACAAGAAAACAAUCUCUACAGAAAUUAUGUCUUUAAGGAAAAGAUUGAAUAAACAUUUAGACGAGAUGGAAGUAGUCAUAUUAAAAGAUUUAGAUACAAACACCAGCCGGAACUUGUCCGUACGUGAUCAAUUGAUGUCAAAACUGAAAGAAAAAGAAGAAAGCAUUGAACAGAUAGGUACAAAAAUAAGCCAUGUUACAGAGGUUUUAUCAGAUGUUCAAGUCUUCUUGGUAACAAAAUAUUUUAGAGGAAAGUUGUGUGAGGAAGAAAAUUGGGUUUCAGGCAUUUCUCAACUAGAUGCAGCACAAGAAAUCAACCUAAAGUUGAAGAUUAACCCAAAUUUAGAGCAAACGCUUACCAACCAGAGCUCGUAUGGAGAAAUACAAACUAUCCAGACGCCAUGUCAGAUUAUGGUAGGAGCAUGGGAGCAAAAAAGAGCACAAAUAAGAGCACCAAUUGCUACAAAAAGAGAUAUAGAGCAGACACAACUAAAACUAACACGUAAUAUUCAGUUAAAAGAAGGUUCAUAUCAAGAUUGCAUUAUUGUCCCAGACGGCAGAAUGAUUUUUGCUUCGUUUGGACAGUGUAAACUAUCAGUGUACAAAAAGGAUGGAAUGUUUUCUAAAGAUAUAGAUGUUGGACUUCGACAGUGUCUUAACGGUUUGGCAUUGAUUAACAAUAACACUGUGGCCGUUUCAUGUAGUAAUAAUAAAUCAAUCAAUAUUGUUAACAUUGAUACGGGUAUUGUGAAACAGAAAAUUAAUGUCGAUGAUCAAUGUUUCGGUUUAUCUUACUAUAAUAAAAAACUGUACAUCCUUGUCAUAGACGAAGGAAUCUAUGAGUUAGAUUUAGAUGGACAUUUGCUCAGAACAAUUCGAAUAAAAGAUUAUCGUUGGGGUGGCUACCUAUCCAUUCAUAAUGACAAGUUUAUUUAUACUAAUGGUGGGUUCCCAAACCAGCAUUUCAUCGCAUGUUGUGAUUUGAGUGGAAAAGAAAUAUGGCGAUCGCAUGUCUCUUAUUCUGGCGUUACAGUCGACCAAUUUGGAAAUUGCUUUGUUGCAAACGACUCGUUAAAUACAAUCACAAUUAUAUCUACCGACGGUAAAAGAACAAACCUUGUUUUGUCUAGGAAUGAUUCAGUUGAGAACCCGAGGGGCGUGUCUUUUGACAAAAGUGAUAAUACAUUACUUGUUGUCUGCGAAAAAGGGAUGGCAGCCUUGUAUCGUGUAAUUUGA